AAAAUGCGAUGAGAUGUGUCCAGUGGCGCCGGUGGAGCACGUGAAUGGGAUGUAUGUGCAGCGUGACGCACACGACAUGGCUACUUCACCCCAGUCUCGACAUGCGUCCUACCCGUUCUAUAACAUACACCUGAUGAACACCCCUUCCUGGUACUCCCGAGCCCUUCCUUCGCCCCCGCAUGCAUCCUUUAUCUUAUGUAUUGAUUCGGGCGACAUGUACUUCCUUUCAUGUCGUACUCUCAUCCAUACACUGGUUUUGCAUGUCCUCGCAAAUUGA